UGGUAUGACCAGGAGGUUACAGUAGACCUGCUGAAACGACCCGGUCGCGGUCUCGGCAUCUGCAUUGCCGAUCGUACGGGUCCAGCCUCGAGGUCUACGCCAGCAGGUAGCGGUGGUGGCGGUACCGGUGAUGCAGUGGUCGCCGAAAAGCCCAUUAUCCCAUCGCCACAAAAUGGAAUAACUUCUUCUGGCAACAGGACAGCAAGAGAUCAAGCUCCUGCGACAGAAACCACCUCACUGGGAGUGAUUAUUUCUGACUUGUCAGAGUGCUCACAUGAUGCAAUGCGAGGAUCCAGUACUGACUUUCAUAACUAG